AUUACGUAACAGAUGGACAGCUCCUCGCUCAAAUAGCUUAGUUUCUUGAACAAAUUCUGAUUUUUUGAGAAAGAAAAUUAAAAAAAAAUCAAACGUUUUAUUUUGCGUUACGCAACAAAAGAUAAACUCCCCCUCUCCCCUAUGUAACAAAUCGUAACGUUUGACGACACCCUCCCACCCCCUUAUAAGCGUUUCAUAAUUGAUGGAUGACGCCUAAGUAGCGCUCUUAAUUUCUUAUCAGACGCGCUCUGGAGAGGUUAUCCGUCUGUCGCGUAACCUUGUCUUAUGUUAAAUAAACCAAUCUCUACCGAUCGUGGCCAAAGAAAAAUCAUGUUCAGCCCUGCUACGGUACUUUGCGGGUGCAAGUUACACUCACUCCUUGUGUCGAUGUGGUACGGCUUACCGUGUCGUUAUGUAUUGUUCACCAAAACGGUUUCUCCUGCUGCUGGGAUGUUUGCAGUGGGCGAUGCAAACACGCGCACAAGAGGAUCAUUUAUCGUGCGGCAGGCGCAAAGUGAAAACGACAUAUCUCAUCCACAACGGCGCUGAUGCCAUUGCUGGACACUGGCCGUGGCAUGCGGCAAUUUUCCAUCAAAAAGACAAGCACAAAGAAUACGCGUGCGGUGGAUCCAUCCUUGAUGAAACAACCAUUCUUACGGCAUCCCAUUGCGUGUCCACUCUAAGCGGCGUGAUCUCGGCAGCUCUCGUGACAGUACACGUGGGACAAAUCCACCUGAAUCAGUCCAGCGAAUACACGCAGACGUUCGAGGCGCGUGAGAUAAUCAUAAAUCCUGGCUUCAGCAAAGCUAGCAUCAUCCACGAUAUAGCUUUGAUCAAGCUCAGGACCAACAUCAGCAUGAACAGGUACGUGCAGCCCGUCUGUCUGUGGACAAUGGACAGUGCGCUGGAGUUGAUCGUGGGCAGAAACGGAACGAUCGUUGGAUUUGGGCUGAGCGAGCGGGAUGUUGUGUCGGAGCAGCUCAAACAAGCCACGAUUGGGGUGGUGGAUCCUUACACGUGCAUUGCAAGUGAUCGGGUGGUGUACGGAACGCAUCUUACGUUGGAAAUGUUCUGCGGCAAAGGACAGAACGGUGUGAGUGCGUGCAAUGGAGAUAGCGGCGGUGGCAUGUUCUUCGAGGUCAGCGGUCGGUGGUUCGUGCGCGGCUUGGUGUCGUUCACUCCAGCGCGUGGAAGCAGCGGACUGUGCGAUCCGCUCAAGUACACCGUCUACACCGACGUGGCCAAGUACGUGGAAUGGAUUAAGCAGUACAUCGAUCAGCGUGUCCUACCGGUCGAGAGUGACGUGCUGGAAGUGGACUACGAGGAGAAGCUACGCCUGUUCAACUUUGGCAGCUGUGGUGUGCUGGAUGCUAGAUCUAAGUUUAUUCCCUGGCUGGGGGCAGUGAAACUACCGAACGACAAUCGUACUAGGUGUAUGGUUACACUGAUCAGCGAAUGGUAUGCAGUCGGGCCGGCACAUUGCUUCAAUACCGUUGGUGUCAUCCCUUAUAUUUUACUUGGUAAUGUCCCAGAUGAAACCACUAGCCAGUGCACCUAUAGUACUAACAUUGAAGACUGUAUGGUUUUCGAGCAAACGCGGAAAAUUCAAAGAAUCAUUGUACAUCCAAAGUUCGGCCAGAACAAUUCUGCGGACAAUAUCGCGCUACUCGAGCUGCUGAGCCCAGCAGACACCAGCCAGCCGAACGUGCAGCCUAUCUGCAUGCCGGUAACGCCCGAGCUUCGAACGAACGCAAAGACCAAUUUAAGCGUAGUGGCGAUCGCAAGGAGAGGGCUCAGGCAACAAAACAUUACCGUCCGGUUCGUGGAACCCGUUGAGUGUACGAGGCAGUACGCGGAACAGAAAAUUGAGCUUAAAUUAGAAUUCAAACGAAUGUGCGCCGUACAACCGAGCAAGCGGGAGGAAAGAUUUUGCUAUUCUCUGACAGAGGGUGUACCGAUCCAAGAAAUGAAGAUAUUCGGUGGAAAGGAGCAAUACUUUCUGCGGGGGUUUGAGCUAACUGGGGCGGCCUGCAGUACAAUUACACCAUCAAUUUACAACAAUAUCGAAGAAUAUGUCGACUGGAUACUAUACAACAUGAGGUACAACGAGCAAGAAGGGGCGAGCGAUGGUGGAACUAUAAUCACAACUCAAGAAACACUCGAGUCAGAGUGGGAAAAGCUGCAGCCGGGAAAUGAUAAAAUGCGUCUGUUUAAUAUGAAUACGUGCGGCUUAAUUGACCCCGAUAGUAUCAGUAAAUAUUUUGCGACAUACAUGCCUUGGGUCGGGAUACUUGAAUCGCGGACGGUCCCAAACAACGAAUUCUUGGAAGAGAGAUUAGUCGUGCUCAUCAGCGAGUGGUAUGUCUUGGCGCCGAAAUAUAGUGUGCAGAAGGAUUUUAUAUGGCGAUAUAUUUUACUAGGACAAAUACAUACAUUUUUUGAAGAAUCGCGCCAACGAAUAGAAAUCAAGAACGUUAUCCUCCCACCGUCCGAUCAUCCCAGGCAAUUGUUUGCACUGCUCGAGCUGCUCGAACCAGCUGAUCUAACGAAUCCCCAUAUCCAACCGAUCUGUUUGCCCUUCAUGGAUGGGCUACAUCGUAACAAACCCGCGGAAGUGAUUAUGACGUCCUAUCAUAAUAAUUUCGGAAUUAUCCAUGCAAACAAGACGCUGAAGAUUACCACCUACCAGCACUGCCAGCCACGACUGUUGCACGCAGGACAGCUCAUCAGCUUCGUCACGGAGCCUCUGUGUGCAGUCGAGUCUUCAGACGAACUCAAGCACGAGUCACUGUAUUCCAAGCUGGGCAGUCCGUAUCAGCUCACAGUGCCGUACGUGGAACGGCCGCGCUACUUUCUGUACGGCAUGCAUGUCGAUGGGUCAUACAUUCUCUCUCGCCUACACCACGGUCCAUACAUAUUUCACAAGAUUGAAAAGGCAGAUCUUGCUUGGAUAGUGAACAGCGUGCGGGAAAACGAACAGCAAUCUUCGUUCCCCAGCAAAAUUCGCAGUGAACGAGUUAACUUGAGGUCAAUGCAGCAUGUUUCCCGGAGCGCUUUCUUUAACUUUGAAACCUGUGGCAUAUCGUCGAACAGCUAUCCGAUGCCAUGGAUAGGAGAUCUCAUAGUCGGUAAAAAGUUGAUUUCUACGAUAAUACUCAUAAGUGACCGGUACGUUGUUAGUCCAGCAACGCAUGUUUACUCUUACGUGCCAAACAAACUUCAUGCAACAUUGGGACAUGAAACAAGACAUAUAAAUGAUUCGAAUGUGCAAAAAAUACCAAUCGAGGAGUUGAUCGUUCAUCCACAGUACAAUAAACUCAAUUUGGCUAACGACAUUGCGUUAGCUCGACUAGCUACAGCUGUGGAUACAUCUCUGCCUAACGUGCGACCCAUCUGCUUGCCGAUCAUCGAUGCAAUUCGCAGCUAUGAUUUAUCAAGCUUGUUCAUGGAUUUUUAUGAUCCCUUACUGUAUAAGAAGCAAUCUGACAAUGCUGCUGAUAGGUACAUCGACCAGGUAGAGUGCCAACAUCGGUGGCAAGGAUUGAUGGUUGGAUUCACCAUAGACACCUCCAAUCAUUGUGUGCUGGAAAAACGCACGCUAGAGGACAACAAAUUAGUAGAAAUUGAAAACGGCGACGUGCUUUACUCCCGGCAAAGACUGGCACUGAGUGACAGAGAGUUUCUGCGCGGGUUUGCAGUGUUUAAACCGGACCUACCGAGUAUUUACUAUCCCGCUGUUUACAUAAACACAGAUGCCUAUCUGGAUUGGAUAUUGGAAACUAUCGUGCAGCGCACAGGGCUUCCUUUCGAUCUGCGAGAAGAGCUUAUAUUCAGCGAAUAAUAAUGAAUCUUUGCUCUCGUAAGACGCAAUGCAAUCAAACAACAACUACAACUACAGUAAAGCAAACAAAUUUUAAGUAAACAAACAAUUUUCAUACUAGCAUUUGACGACGAGUAGCACGAUGGGCUGCUCUCCAAAACCGACCAACGUGGGAAUACCAACCUACAUCAUGAUAGUAAUCCAGAGCUCUUUUCGAGUCUUCUUAGUUGAACAGUCCUCUAGCAAUACCAUAAUACCGGCUGUAGUUCCACAAGGAAGUAUGCUGGCCCCCUCACUCUUCAUGAUAUACCUGUCAGACAUACCCACUCUUCCUCAAGGUUGUGAACUGUUUCUCUUCGCCGACGACACGGCCAUAGCAGUUAAGGGAAGAACUGUAAAUGAACUCAAAAACAGAGCCCAGCAAUGCGUUGGUAUUUUAAUCAAAUACAUUUGGAAGUGGAAAAUUACACCUGUUCUCACUUUCCUCUGAAUCUUUAUCCGGUUGCUAUGGAUCGCAAUCCAUGAGAGUAGAGGGCAAUCAACUACGUCUAUAUCGUUUUCAGCUUCGUCGGAAUCGUUUUCAGUUACGUUUGGAUCGCUCUCAGCUACCUUUGGAUGUUGCAGUAGCUCGCGCAAAUUUCGUUGUAGUGCAUGUCUGACAAAUCUGUCAAAUGUUUAAAAAUUCAUUGCUUAAAAAUGGGUUAAAAAUUCAAUCAACACAAGUUCUCAAUUGGGUUCAAACAUAGAACAAUAUGAAAUUG